AUGAAGUACACCGUCACCGCCGACGCGGAGGCCGAGAUCUCGCUCGAGGGCGAGCACGAGCACGCGAAAGCGACUCCGCGAACCGUGGUGGAGGUCUUCAAGGCUGCCGCCGAGUCCAAGCUCGCAGAUACCACCGCUCUGGUGUCGUGCACGGGUGAAAAGCACACGGUGAAGGAGUAUUACAAUUCUUGUCGCGACGCUGCGAAGAGUUUCAUUCACCUGGGGCUCGAACGAUUUGAAUCCGUGUGCAUCUUGGGUUUUAACUCGCCGGAAUGGCUUAUGUCCAACAACGGCGCAAUCUUAGCGGGUGGUUUUGCCGCAGGCAUCUACACGACGAACGAACCGCCCGCAUGCGAGUUCAUCAUCCAAGACUCGAGUGCACGCGUGGUCGUCGUCGAUGGUCAAAAACAAUUGGAUAAACUUAUCGCGAUUCGCAAACGUUUACCGAAGCUCAAGGCGAUCGUCAUGUACCGUGAUGAGACGUUCAGUGACCCUGAGGGCGAGAAGGACUCUUCCCUCGCGAAGGUGUACACGUGGAAGGAUUUCAUGAAGUUGGGCGCGAGCGUGAGCGACAAAGUCCUUGAGGCGCGCAUGAACGCACAAAAGCCCGGUCAUUGCUGUACGCUCAUUUACACGUCCGGCACUACGGGUAACCCGAAAGGUGUCAUGAUUUCGCACGACAACGCUGUGUGGACCGCGAAGGCGAACAUUCUGCACAACCCGACAAUCACCGCCGGACCGCUUCGUGUCGUGUCAUACUUGCCGCUCUCCCACAUUGCGGCGCAAAUCGUGGACAUUCACUCGCCCUUGAUUUGUAUGGUUGAUUUCGAGAGAUCGGCUUCGGUGCACUUCGCGCGUCCGGACGCGCUGAAGGGCACGCUCAAGGAAACGCUCAUCGAAGCUCGACCGACCGUGUUCUUUGCCGUGCCGCGCGUGUGGGAAAAGUUCGCCGAAGCCAUGCAAGCAGCGGGGAAGAACGUCACUGGCCUUAAGAAGACGAUCUCAACCUUCAUGAAGGGCAAAUGCUCGGUCGAAUACGAGGCUUCUCAAAUCGGCGCCACGACAGGACAUCCUUUCCUUGGUGGUUUCGCAAAGUCGUUCAUGCGCAAAAAAGCGCACUCUCGCAUCGGUCUCGAUCAAGCGCGCGUCUGCCUCACGGGUGCCGCGCCGAUCAUGAAGCACACACUCGAUUACUUCGGUUCCAUCGGUAUUCACAUUCUUGAGGUUUACGGCAUGUCCGAAAACACCGGUCCGCAAAACGUGUGCAAGCCCGAUUACUUCAAGGCUGGAACGUGCGGCUUGACGAUUCCGGGUACGGAGGUCAAACUUGAUCACGUCAAGGGACGGGAUAAGGAAGGCGAAGGGGAGAUUUGCUUCAGAGGACGUCACAUCAUGAUGGGCUACCUCAACAACAUGGCCAAGACGCAAGAGAGCAUCGACCAAGACGGUUGGUUGCACAGCGGCGACGUUGGCUACAUCGAUCCAAAGACCAACUUGCUGUCAAUCACCGGUCGCAUCAAGGAGCUCAUCAUCACUGCGGGCGGUGAAAACAUCGCUCCCGUGCCGGUGGAAGACGCCAUCAAGUCUUUUUGCCCGGCUAUCUCGAACAUCAUGAUGAUUGGCGACAAGCGCAAGUAUAACACGGCGCUCAUCACCCUUCGUCAAGUUCCUGACGGCGAAGGAUUCACUGAGAAGCUCUUCGGUACAUCUCUCGAAGUGAACCCGAGCGUGACGACUGUCAAGGAGGCUCAAAAGGACUCGAAGUGGGCAGCUUACAUUCAAGAGGGCAUCGACAAGUACAACAAGACCGCUGUUUCGAAUGCGCAACGUAUUCAAAAAUUCAAGAUUCUCGACACCGAUUUCAGCGUCCCAGGCGGUGAACUUACAGGCACUCAGAAGCUCAAGCGCAACGUCGUGACCGAAAAGUACGCUUCCGUGAUCGAGUCCAUGUACUAG